UCUGGACUAUGCCUAAACAUCUCACUUGAGUGCAUAAGUUUUCGACAGGGGUACUUGGAUGCUGCAAGACGUGGCAUCUCAUGCAGCGUGUUUGAAUUUGUUUUUUUUUUUUUUUUUACCAGUUACACUGUGUCUCUAGUAGUUUCCUAACAAUCCAAAGAGUUUACCCAUGUUAAUUAUUCUUUAAGAAUUACGAACCCGGACAUACAUAUAAAGUGAGAAAUCAACGCCAGCUAACGCGACCGGUUCUGCCUCGGACGUGGAGGGAAUACAUCAACCUGCUGAUCUACAGCAGCGGUGGGUUUUGGCCACUGCAAUUUUGAAGCAGUCAGCGGUUUUUCACCAGCGUGACAAAGGAGCACAGUAAUUAUGUGAACAAAAAAAAGUUUCUUUAAACUUUUCAGACAGUGUGCAGUUCCAUUCUCGUCGCACAAGCUGUGGAUCUGUGGACAACUCACGGUCAUUCUCAUUUUUAAAACAAGACGUCCGUUUGGGAUUUACUGUUGAAUCAGGCGCCUGCCAAGGUGAACGGCACAGAAUUCCCAAUGCAAUUGUCAGUGCUUUUUCUGAUAACGCUGCUAAGCAGUUGCCAGCAAGGCGCAAAGGCCCAAGCCGUUUCAGUAAAAACGCUGCGAUCUUCAAACAUAAGGCGUGAUGACAGCAAUCACCUCACAGACUUGUACCGGAAAGAAGAGACCAUCGUAGUGUCAGAGAAUGGCCACAUUCAGAGCCCUCGCUACCCCAACAGCUAUCCCAGAAACCUGCUGCUGUCCUGGAAGCUCCUUUCCCCAGAGAACACUCGGAUACAGCUGGAUUUCGACGGCCACUUUGGGCUGGAAGAGCCAGAGAAUGAAGUCUGCAGAUACGACUUUGUGGAAGUGGAGGACAUAUCAGAAACCAGCACAAUCAUUAGAGGGAGAUGGUGUGGGCACAAAGAACCUCCUCCCAGAAUAACAUCCAAAACCAAUACCAUCAAGGUCACCUUCAAAUCGGACGACUACUUUGUGGCUAAACCUGGUUUCAAGCUCUACUAUUCUCUUGUGGAUGACUCCCAGCCCGCGGCGUCAGAAACAAAUUGGGAAGCUGUCACCAUCUCUGUCUCGGGUCCAGCUGUUUUCCCCCCAUCGGUAACUGACACCCCACUAACUGCCGCCGCGUUGGACCAGACCAUCGCAGCCUUCGACACGGUUGAGGAGCUCCUGAAGCACCUGAACCCAGACUCUUGGCAGGAAGACCUGGACAGCCUCUAUAAGGAGACCGGACACUACCGACCCAGGACCUUCCACCAUGACCGCAAGCACAAGAUUGACCUGGACCGGCUGAACGAGGACGUGAAGCGUUACAGCUGCACGCCCAGGAACUUCUCCGUGAACCUGCGGGAGGAGCUGAAGGCCACCAAUGCUGUGUUUUUCCCACGAUGCCUCCUGGUGCAGCGUUGCGGGGGUAACUGCGCCUGCGGGACCGAGGACUGGCACUCCUGCACCUGCAGCCCUGGCAAGACAAGCGAAAAGCUAUACGAGGUGCUGAAGUUCUCCCCUGAACCGGGUUACUACAGAAGGCGGACCCGAGCACGCUGGGUGCUGGAGGAGAUUCACCUCCACCACCACGAGCGCUGCGAUUGCAUCUGCCACUCCCGGCCUCCGCGGUGAUAUCACUCCAGGACAUUUAUUUUGUCACAUUUUCGGAAGGCCCUCUCUCUUCUGUCUCUUUGGGAAGGAGUGUCACUCCUUCUCUCCAGCAAAGCACGUAACAGCUCCUGGGCUUCAGGCAGAUCUUUCCUUAAACCUGCAUGGGCUGAAUGAGUCAAUGUUUAGUCACCUGUGUGUGUGUGCGUGUGUGUGUGCGCGUACGUGAGUGUAUCUGUGCAUGUGUGUGUCUUUUCGUUUUUACCUUUUGUCUUUUUUUGUUGGUUGUUAAGAACCGUUGUUACGCAAGACAGUAAAAAAGAGUAAUGCACAGUCUCUAGAAAUCUUCAAACAGCAAGGCAAUAAACUCCCUCAGAAAGUGAUUCAAGGUCAAUGCACCAUUCUAAGGCGAAUAACAUUAUUUAUUUUAUAUUCUUUCACAUUCCUUCACUGAUAAUGUUUUGUUUUUGUACAUGAGUGUUUUCCUUCUUCUCUUCUUGUUUUGAAUGGAUCAGAGUCUCAUAGUUUUAUGGGUUACUGGGUCAAGCCCAAGUCAGAAAUGUUCCUGCUCAUGCUUUCUUACUGUGUUCUACAAAUACUCACUACCGCUGUUCUGACAGAUCAAAGAGAUGAUGCAACUGCCCCACAUUGGCUUGCAGAAAGAAUAUCAUACACUAAUCCAGUCUCCUCAUACACUUUCAUUAAGGUUACCUUUAUAGGGAACACUGAGAUUUUAUAUGCAAAGAGUUUGUAUGUGUUAAACGUAUUUAUUUUGCUGUACUGGUUACUGUAUUAUGGCAUCACUUAAUUUCCUCUAAUGUUUUUUUUACAGUUGGUCACCAGGUCUGCUUUUAAAGCCAGAUAUGAUUAGAUAGCCAUGGUUUCUGCUUCCACAUAACUUUUAAAACAACAAUGUGGUUUCAAUCUGUGCUUUUACCAAAGGGUGUUUUUAUAGGAUUUUAUUUUAUUUUUUGGCUGAUCAAACACAGGCAUUGUUUACGAACAAGCGGAGAAGUCAGAGGGAAUUCCCGCUCCCUUAGGGAAAUGUGGAUGGCAGUAGCUAUUACCUUGAGCUGGACUGGCUUGUCUCUGUCUGACAUCAAAUCCUGCAAAAGUGAACAGGUACGUUCAUCAUAUGCCUCCCCUGUGAGAAGCACAGUGAGAUGAGCUCCCCUUCCUGUUCACAGAGUGUUUCAAGACUUCAGUUUAUUCGUUUUCUUACACCUGAGGGCAAAGACCCAGCAAAGUCACUCUGACACCUUUGCUCACCUCUGCUCACCUCUCCUCCCUACCAUUUCUGUCCAAAGCAAAAAAAAAAGAGAAUUUAAUGAGAAGAAUCCUAGGAAACUAAGGAGAGUUGGCUGAUGAUCGUAAACCCUUUAAAAGGAUGCGUUGAUUGAACUUUGUCAGGAACGGAAUGAAGACAGAUGAUUUUCUUUCCCAAGAGAAGUCUUAAGAAAAGUGGCCAGGGAUUCCCUGUUGCUGUGAAAUUGCUCUUGAAUCUCUGUCCAAUAUUACUCAUACACCCCCACCCCCUUUCCCUCCAUUGCUUAUGCAGAUUACUUUUACAACAAAA